AUGAAAAUUUUAAUAAUUUUUAUUAUUUUUAUUAUUAGUUAUAUUAGUGGAUUUGAAAUACCAAAAGGAUUUGGAAUUGGAUUAGUUAUACCAGAUGCAGAGUGUUUAAAUUAUAUAGGAGAUCCAAUUGACCAGCAAUUAUGUAAUAGUAAAUUACAAAAUAAUGGUGAUAGAAUUUAUACAACCACAAAUUCACAAAUAGAUUCACAAACAAACAUAAAGAAAUCAUUUGAAGCAAUAACAUUUUUACAAGAUCAAUGUAAAGAUUUAUUAUUUGCUCAAUUUGGAAUCUGUGAUAUUUAUUUGGCACCAUGUAUUGAAGUAACUUUAACCCCAUUGAAAAGUAUAUCUUUGCCACAAAGAUUUUGCAAAUCAGUAUGUGAUAGAAUGGUUUCAAAUUGUCCAAGACUUGAAGAGCAAAUGGAUUGUUCAAAUUCAUUUUUAUUUCCAGAGAUUGGUACAUUUUAUGAUCUAUCACCAUAUGGUUAUACUAUUGAUAAUGGUACCUUUGCAGUUCCAUGUUCAGAUCCUACUAUUUUUUUUAAUCAAGUUUCAAGUAAUUCUAGUUUUAUUGAAAUUUGUCCAUCUCCGUUACUGUUGAAGAAUUCAAGUGAUCCAGAAUAUGCCGCUAAUAAAGGAUAUUCAUAUCUUUCACCAUCAAAUUGUGUACUCCCAUGUCCUGUUCCAAAUUAUUCAAACCAAAAAUGGGAUCAACUUUUAACAAUGUCAAAAAUUUUAUCAACAAUUAGUUUUAUUUUAUCUUUAUAUAAUGUUUUAACAUUUGGAAUAAUAAAUAAAAAAGUAUCAGAUCCCCAUAAAUGUACAUGUUUUUUCUCUGGUUCAAUUGCAUUGGUUAAUCUGUGUGAUAUCAUUACCUAUGGUAUUGGCUAUGAAGAACUUUUAUGCCCAGAACCUGGAAGAAGUGCCAAACAACAACUUGAUCCAGUUUGUGGUCUAACGGGUGCAUUUUUUCACCUUGGCAUUACUUAUUGUGUGUUAUGGUCAAUGACAAUGGGUCUUGUUCUUUAUUGUAGCGUUAAACGUCAGAAAUGGUUUAAGUUCAAUUAUUUCUUAAUUGGUAAUACUACCUUUACAAUUACUACUGUUGUUAUCGCUGCUGCAACUUCCAAAUUCGAAGCUGGUUUAGGAUCUAUUGAGUGUUGGAUUAGAGAUAGAUGGUAUGCUAUAUCUUUAUUCUGGAUUCCUUGUGGUAUUGCCUUAUUAAUUGGUUCUUUUUGUAUUAUUGCUGUAAUCCAUGAAGUUUAUAAAACAUCCAAAAAAUCUAUUAGUAAUAGAAAUGAUUUACUACAAAGAGAAUUAAAACCUCUUUUAAUUGUUAUAUUUAUUUCAGGAUCAUUUUUAUAUCUUUUUAUAUUCUUUUUUGAUAUUGAAAGAAAAUUUGGAGGAUAUAGAUCAGCUGUUGAAGAUUAUGUUUUAUGUUUAUUAAAUGGAAGCCAAGAAGAAUGCUUCACAACCGGACCAAGCUAUGUUCCUUAUUUUUUAUUUUAUUUGGUUAUUAGAUGGUUUGGAAUUAUAUUUUUUUUAUUCUAUGGUACAUCUAAUAUUGCAAGAAAAAUUUGGGUUCAAAAUAAAAUCUGGAAAAGUAUUAGUUCCUCAAUUUCUCCAAAAUCAACACCAAAAUCCAGUCCUAAAAAUAGUGAUUCUAAAAUUAAUAGUAAUAGUACAAAUAAUAACAAUAUGAUUUUAAAUGAUAACAAUGAUAAAAAUCUAAAUGAAAAGAAAGCAGUUGAAUUAGAAUCAAUUAAAAUUAAUUAG